GAAGACCCCUGCCUCGUGCGUGCCAAACAUAGAGUCCCUUUCUGAUAUAAGCAGUGGGGCACAGCUUUGGAGCUGGGAAAAGGUACUUUCAAGGAAGUGGCUGUUCUUGAAUGUUUUUAGUUCUUGCUCUCAUAUGCGUAAAGCCCUUUACUAGACAUUGUUCUACUUAGCAAAGAAAAAGUAAAAAUGGCUCCAGUGCCAUCAACCAAGUGACGCCUUCUCUAGCAGAAAGGACAAUGACAGUUGCUAAAAUCUUCUAUAUGUAAGCAAACUAACAACCCCAGGAGGGUUGAACGGAAGAUUGGGAUUUCCAAUUAAUCCAACAUAAAGAAAUACACAGGCCAAGAAAGAACAGAGACUGUCAUCAUAACAGAAUUAGAAAGGGACACAUUACCAGAACUGGAAAUACUUUUUUUGAUGACCAUUUCGCCAAGGAGGACACAGCCCUCUGGCCCCAUGUGACCACAACUGUGAAGGAUUGACUGACUCCUCCAGCUGGCCAUCCAGGCUCCCACCAUGGGACCUGCAGGGAGUGCGCUGAGCAGUGGGCACAUGCAGAUGCAAAUAGUUCUAUGGGGAAGUCUGGCUGCUGUUGCUAUGUUCUCCCUCAUCACCUUCCUCAUCUUUUUGUGCUCCAGUUGUGAUAGAGAGAAGAAGCCAAGACAACACAGUGGAGACCAUGAGAACCUGAUGAAUGUGCCUUCAGACAAGGAGAUGUUCAGCCAUUCAGCGACCAGCCUGACAACAGAUGCACUGGCUAGCAGUGAACAAAACGGGGCACUCACCAACGGUGACAUUCUUUCAGAAGACAGCACCUUGACCUGCAUGCAACAUUAUGAGGAAGUCCAGACCUCGGCUUCAGAUCUGCUGGACUCCCAGGACAGCAUAGGGAAGUCCAAGUGUCAUCAGAGCCGGGAACUGCCCAGGAUACCCCCUGAGAGCACGGUAGACACAGUGCUUACUUCCAGGGGUGUGGAUGGGGACCCAGGACCAGGUGUGGAGGGGCCAUAUGAGGUGCUCAAGGACAGCUCCUCCCAGGAGAACAUGGUGGAGGACUGCCUAUAUGAAACAGUGAAGGAAAUCAAGGAGGUAGCAGACAAAGGCCAGAGUGGCAAGUCCAAGUCUAUUUCUGCCCUGAAAGAGCUUCCAGGGCCCCAAACAGAGGGCAAGACAGAGUUUGCUGAAUAUGCCUCUGUGGACAGAAACAAAAAGUGCCGCCAGAGCCUGAAUGCAGAGAGCAUUCUGGGAACUUCCUGCGAUCUCGAAGAAGAAGCCCCACCACCUGUACCAGUUAAACUUCUGGAUGAAAAUGCAAACCUUCCAGAGAAGGGAGAGAAAGAGGCAGAAGAGCAAGUCAUAGAGGGGACCAGUGGGCACAGCAAGAGAUUUAGUUCAUUGUCAUACAAGUCUCGGGAAGAAGACCCAACUCUUACAGAAGAAGAGAUCUCAGCAAUGUAUUCCUCAGUGAAUAAGCCUGGACAAUCAGCACAUAAAUCAGGACAGCUGCUGAAAGGGCCAGAAUCCACCUGCAGCUCCAUGCAGGGCACCCCUCACAGGUCGCCCUCUUCCUGUAAUGAUCUCUAUGCCACCGUGAAAGACUUCGAGAAAACUCCCAACAGCAUCAGCACACUUCCCCCAGCAAGGAGACCCAGCUCGGAGCCAGAGCCAGACUAUGAAGCCAUACAGACGCUAAACAGAGAUGAAGAAAAGCUUCCCCUGGAGACCAAUGGCCACCUCUUCCCUAAGGAGAAUGACUAUGAGAGCAUAGGGGACUUGCAGCAGUGCAGGGACGUCACCAGACUCUAGCAACCCAGAAUGCGGCCCCAGAGAACCUGUGAACAGCAUCUGGGGACAGUUUCUGUGGAGGAUAAGAAGCAACAUCAACCUCUACUCCCUACGCUGCUGUAGUGCUCUGAAGUCAAGUACAGGCACAUGACUGUUUUCCCAGUUUCUGAAACAGUAAGGUACAGACCUACUGCCCCAAAGUUGCUCCUGCCUGCUCCAGGGACAGCCACAUCCCCAACUCCCUGGUGCUUAUAAGAAACUCCCUGGAACACCUGAUCCUCUGCAAAAUACUCCAUAGUGGAAUUCAUCCCACAGCAGAAGGAGGCUGUGAGGGAGAGCUCUACUCAGCCAGGGCUACAAUUCCAUCUGUCUGGAGUACUGUCAUGUGGAGGAGCCAAGUUUUUCUUCCUUGCUUCCCUUUUCUCUGUCUGCUACUAGUGCUAAAAUACCCAGCAUUCACCCCCUUGAGAUUCCAUCAUGUCUAUGGUACAUUCCAAGGAAGUUCUUCCACAGGGCUUGGCACUAGUCUUCAACAUGGGUGUUAGGAUGAUGAGAAACCGGCUGCUGGGUCUCCUUUGCCCAUCCUCUUCCAGAGCUGUUGUGUUGACCCCUGUGAAUCUGGACAGUUCAGGCCUCUAGAUUUGGGCAGGGCGUCCUGGAGUCUCUUGGGUCUCUGUUCCUUCUUGUUUUGGCUCUGUAGCCUUUUCUGAAGGUACUUGAGGUUGGAUUCAAUGUUUUUUUUUAAAUUUUUCUAGUCCAGACCUUUCCCCACAGUGUUCGAAAACUUGUGAAAGCCUUUUCAGUAUUUCCAGUAAAUAUUGUGGUACUGCUAUAUUUGUUUAAACCUAGAGCUCAUUCUUUCCAAACAGAGAGCCUUAAUUUUUAUGUUGGAACCCAGACCAUGUGUGUGGACAGCAGCGAUGGUCUCUAUCCCUGAAGGGCUGUGGACAUGAAUGUCUGUUUCUGGUGAUCUCUGCUGCCCACACCCGGCUGUUUGACUUACGUGUUAUCUGCUAUCCCUAAGGUAAUCAAAGAAUGAGAUGUAAACAUUUAUUUUAUUAUAUAAAUUUAUAAGAUGCUUUACGUUUAAUGCCUAAUUUCUAGAAAAUGCCAGAAAAUAUAUAUAUAUUAACUAUUUUGAUUUUUAUGUACAGUGGUUUAUACUCUCAUUUUGAAUUGAUACAUAAAGCACAUAAGCUAGAUAAUUACAAAUAGUUGUUAUUCUUUUUUCUAACAAGUAGUAUAACAUUGAUGGUUUUUAAAGACUCAACUUUUCAAAUGGUACUUGGAGUUUCCCUGAUUUAAAUCACCUAGACCACUGGGGACAUAAAUGCAAUAGGCAUAAAUUGCAUUUCAGUGGUUCUGGUGGACAAUACUGAAAUAUUCAGAGUGAUAAAAAGAACAAAAUCUGAAUUAUGGACUUCCUAAAAGUAUCAGACUUUGAUUAAGGUUUAAUGCCAUGUCUCAAGAAAUGCUUGCCAGUGCAAACUGCCUAUUAGACUUUUUUCCUUCGUUUUACAGAAUCAGUGGCUGAAGUAGUUCAGAUUAAGAGUUCAGCCUGGUUUGAAUUUAAUCAUCUCUUUAGAUCUUCUGAGGCCAACAUUGGAAACUGUGUUCACUUUUCAUUUUAAAAGGAGCCUAACUGAAGUGUGGUCAUGAAACUCUUCCUACACUGAUAAAGACAAAGAGAGACCAUUACCACUUACUGCCCUGACAGCUGACAUUAACGACUUAAUAAUCUUGUUUUCCCUUCUGUGAUGAAGAAUGUGACUGGGAGGAUGAAGCUGAAGCGUCCUGAACACUGUGGUGAUGGCUCUGUGCUGUGUGUUUCCAUCCUGUAUUCAUGAACUGGUUUUGUCUCUGCUGUGCGUCAGGCUUGUGGAAUUGUAAAGAGAACUCUUGAGGUACACUGUGGUGGUGCUAAAGUCAGCCAUGAAGAUGCCACAUGGAUAAGCACAACCACUGCUGAUCAGAAAGGAGACAGGGUACCCCUGGAACUGUGGGAGCAGGAAAGUACAAGGCUAUUCUACAAGCUGGUGUUCAGUGCUUUGUAUUAAUGAGUUUGACUCAACCAUCUCUCAGGUCACAAGGGUCCCUUAGCACAUGGUACUAGCCAUAACACAUGGCACUCCUGGCCUCAUGUAUGCCACGGUGCCAUCCUUUAUGGCACUUCAUAGAAAGUCUUACUUAGCAGGGAAACUGGUAUGAUCUCUAAAGUACAAAACACAUUCUUUAGAGACAAGUUCAUUAUAAAUAAUCAUGUCAUCUUAAGAUCUCAUUGUCAGAAUGUCCCAGAAGUUUUCAAGUAUAUUAUGCAAUAUAGUCAUAAAAUAUGCACUGAAAGCUCUAGUUUGAGAACCAGUAGUAAGAAUAAGUUGUGAUAGAAGAUAUUUUAAGUUUUCUUUACAAGGAACUAUAAGGCCCUCAAGCAAAUAUUCUAAAAGAUAAGUAAUUGCAUGGCCUGUGAGGGUUGGAUGGAGAACAGAGUGGACUUUAGGAAAGCAGCUCUGCUCUUCUGAGCUUUGGGUACUUAAUUGUGUAUUUACUGGUAUGUCGUUGUUUGACUUAAUUAUACAGGGGUUUUUUUGGUGGGGGGUCGAAGGGUUGCAAGUUUUUAUUCUUCUACUUGGUUCAAAAUCUGUCCUCAUAUCUUUGAGUUAUAGCCUAUGACUUCUUAAGUUUUCAUCUUGAUCUCAAUGUACAGAGUUUAAAUGUGUGAGAGAUAAUCAAAACAGGUCACUAUAUACUUAAAAUUCACCACUGGCGUCCACGGUGUGGACCUAAUUGUAUGAAAUGAUACAGCACUGCAAAAAUAAAUUUUGAGAAAUUUUUGUUCUUUAAAUCAGAUUAUAUAAAUCUAUCUUAAUUAGAAGGAGGCCAUUUCUUUUUGUUUAGAUGCUUUAAAAGUUUGAAAGCAUUUUAUGCUGCUUAAGAUAUUUCUGAGAUGUGUCAUGAGAAAAAUACAACCUAUUUUAUAUAAAAUGUUGGAGAAAAUCUAAAAGAAAUUGGUUUUUAUAAAUAUGUUACCUGCAUAUUUUUUUUACUUGUCCUGCUCUAAAUUAUAUCAUUAGAUCAUUUAAAGCUUCUAAACAUGCCAAUAUUCUUUGUGGGGAAAGGGUUAAUCACUGAUUUUUCUACCCUCCAAAAUCCCACAGUAAACUCUAAUUGAAUGAUAAAUUGACAAUAGAUGGUCAACACAGAAAAUUAAAGUUUCAUCUCAGCAUGGAAGUAUGUUUCUCUUACUUGACUUUUAUCUGUGUAAUUAGAACAUUGCCUGACUUCACCAGUGAUAAGCUAUAUAUACACACAUAUAGAAUGUACAGUAUGUAUGUAUGUAUGUAUGUAUGUAUGUGUUGCUGGCUCUGACACAACUCUGGUGCUAAUUAGGCUGUGCUCUAUUACAUAUUUAGAAGAUUUAUCCUACUAUUAUGAUGAACUUUGUCAUAAAAACAGAAUUAGAAGAAACAGUUCUCCAACAGUUUCAUUUGGUAAUUAUGAGAAGUCUUCUUGAACUGCCCUUGUUUAAUUUUCUUAAUGAAUUCACUCCAAUUUUAAAUUCUAUUCCUAUUUCUCGUGAGUGAAAAGCAGAGGUGUUUGAGGAUUGUUCUGUUAUACAUGUGGCUUGCCCGGCAUUCAACCUGAGAGAAGGCAUGUAAAUGGACGUGCUUCUCAGUAAGUGUCGGGAAGAGAUGCAGCCGAAAGCAACAGGAAAGCCUUGCACCUAGAGCACAGGCAAGGCAGGCUCCUGGGCAAAAUCAGCUUCAUUUCUAGUUAUAACCCAGGGCUUUCCAACAGAAUCGGCAGGUGCUGAUAGAAUGUGGAUAGACCAAAGUCUGUCUUGUGAUGAGGCUGUGGCUGAUUCUAGAGCUUUCAGGUCAACACGGAGUCAGGAUCUUGUAUAUGAGCAAAUACCAUUGUUCUCAGUGGCCCUUGUGAUAGUGAAUAGGAAUCUGUGUGACCUUGUGGUGCCAUUCUUCUGAAAGUAUUGGUUUCUAAUACCCAGACAGCUUAGCAUUGGCUGCUUCAGGAUUUGUAGAUGCUGGGGGCCACUUCCUGGAAACCCUGACAGACAUACUGUGCUUUGUUGGUGGGAAAAUGUAAAGUGAAAUGUUUGAUGUUAGUUUGUGACUGAGGUGAACAUAGGAACAUGUGUUGAUGUUAAAUAUGGCUUUAUUUACAGUGAAACCUAAAUUCCUCAUCUUGUAGUAUUGUUCCCAAUUGUACCAUUUCUUAAAUAUUUUAUUUCAGGCAGUGGCAUUAAAUGAGCUGAACACACUCAGACUGAAAGUGCUUCUCUUUAAGAAAUCAGUCCAGCCAGGUGUGGUGGCACACACCUGUAGUCCCAGCACUUGGGAGGCAGAGGCAGGUGGAUCUCUGUGAGUUCAAGGUCA